CAACCCUGGUGAGUGUGGCCAACGUCAGUGUAGUCUUCAGCUCGAUCUGUUACACCUACUUUACUUUAACACGGUUAUUGCACUGUCCAGCCAUGAGUGAGAUGCGUUACUUCACAAAUCCUUAUCCAAAGGAUGUUGGAGAAGAUAGUCAAGAAAUUUUAGAUGACACAAAACAAAAGCUCUCCCAGCAGUACAUCAGUAAGACACAGAAGAGUAUAGAUACACUGCAGAAAGUACUGGAUGAAGGACUGUCAAAGGGAGGUGAAUUAAGUGACUAUUCUGUAUACACUGGAACAAGUGGAUAUGUACUUCUUUACCUCCACUUGGCAGAAAUUCUGGGAGAUGACACAUACCUACAGAAAGCUACACCAUUAGUGAACAAGGCAUUUCGGAAUUUAAAAGGUCGUAGAUUGUCUUUCUUGUGUGGAGAUUCUGGACCUUUAGCACUUGCGGCCAUCUUAAAUGAUAAGACCAAAGAGAAAGAGAUAGUCAAAAGCAGUAUUACAAGUAUUAAGGAGAUGGAACGUGCUGUACUCGACAUCGAGUCGGAUCUUCCAGAUGAACUUCUUUUUGGAAGAGCUGGAUAUCUAUAUGCACUUCUUCUUAUCCAGAAAAAGAUUGGGAAAGAAGUCAUAGAUGAUAAAAUGAUACGAUCUGUGGUAACGGCAAUAUUACAUUCUGGACGUGCCCUAUCGAGGACGAAUAAAUGGACUGUCCCUCUCAUGUACCAGUGGCACGACAAGCACUACCUAGGAGCUGCCCAUGGUAUUGCUGGAAUAAUGUUCAUGCUGUUACAG